UUGAAACAAUGAGUUGCUUCUCUAUGCGGACGGGUUAUUCUUUAUCUAGACCAGCUAGCGCAUGGAAUUCUUUACAAGAUUUAUUGGCAGAACAAAAAAUGCUUGGUUUAAAUUUGGAUGAACAAGCUAGCGAUGAACCUGAACAAAUUAGGACGACUGUUGACGAUACUGAAGAGAAUUAUCCGAAAAUUGAUGAGAACGACGAUAAUGUUUCUGUUAAUUCUGCUGAAUUUUUUGUUGACCCUUUAAUGAACUGUCUUCAUCAACAGCAAAAGUCUAUAAGAAGUUCUUCAUGGUCGCUUAGUCAAAAAUCAAAAAAUUUAAGAAGUAAUGAUGGGACACUUUCUAUGAGAACAAGAACUAACACUACUAGUGGACUUUUGACACCAAUUUCAAUUAUUAGUCGGUCUGUAGGUCAAAAAUCAUUUGAAGAUCAACAAUAUACGAGCUCUGCAGUAUCUAGUGAAGAGAAUCAAGGGAUUUUGGAAUUUCUUCCUGACAACUUUUGCAAUACUGGUGUCAAUUUCUGGAUUUAUUCUUCAUUAUUUAUUGCUAAAAAAUUUUUAUUGGCUGGCAAAGGAAGAAUUCGUUCUAAUCGUGAAGUACGAGUAUCUCAAAAAAUUAUUGCCUUGAAUUAUAUCUCGGAUUCUUUGCUCAUGGAAAGUUCAAUUAUUCAUCAGCCGAUAUUUGAUUCUGAUGGCCAACAAUAUUCUCUUCUUGAUCUUCAUCUUUAUAUUGGCAAUGAUGAUGAUAAUUUGGCAAUAGCUUCUUUAAAUUUUUUCUUUAAUGUUGAGAAAUGUUGUUUUUUCAAUGAUCCUUCGCAAUUUGAUAAACUUUUUGUUGAGAAAAGCAAAUUAAUUUGGUAUCUCAAAAAGACUCUUCAUUGUCAACGUAAUUCAAAUCGUCUCAAAGGAAUUUUUCAAAUAUUUAUCAAUUCAAUACCUUUUCUUUGCUCAACUGAAAGUUUGUUGUUAGCAUCUUGUGAGUAUGCAAUUAAUGCAGUUGACAUUGAUUAUUUUCGUGUUAAGGCAGUUAGAGCUGAAUUUAUUUCUCAAAUAAAAUGGUCUUAUACAUCACCACAAAUUCGUCAAAAAUUGUUAAAUGAAUUUUGCCGUGUUUUUCUUGUCCAAUUGUUUGAUAAAGAUCCUCGGGUUCAAAAAGCAACAUUGGAUGCUUUGCCUUUGUUCGUUUUAAAUAUUGCUCUCUGUCAGAAUACAAAUAUUUUUGCGCCAUUUUCUCUUCCCCAUUGUUUAGAAUCACAUUCUCCAUUACCUGUGAUAAUUGGCUUAAAUGAUAAACAACAUUCCUUUUUCCAAACAAAAAUCUGUGAUGAAAAUUUCUUUUUUAUUUUUAACAAAAUUUAUUCUCUUACUAUGGACCAAUUUUUUGAUAAAAAGUUUGGAUUCGUCUCUGCAUUGGAAGUGCUUAUUAAUAAUUUUCCGCAAAAUUAUUUUUCUUUAAUUAAUGAGAGACAAUUUGGAGGGGUCACAAAAGAAAAAGGAAGGUCGUUGACUAAUUCUCAAAGAGGAGAAAUGCCAUCUGUUUAUAGUAUGUUUCUUCUACUUCUGGAUUUUGCAGAAAAUAUUAUUUGUUCAUUAGAAGAAUUUGGAGUAUUCAUUAGACUAAUAACAAAAUUGUUUUCAGCAAUAUCAACUUAUCUUAUUAAUAAAAAUUCUAUUCUCAAUAAUACCUCAACUCUUUUACAACUUUGGAAUAUGUGCCAAACAAAUAAUGAAAAUGCUCAACAACCUUCAAAAUCCAAAUUUCCCAACACCAAUUGUAUUGAACGUUGUUUGUUGCUUUAUUUGAGAACUUUAAAUUUAUUUUACUCUAUUGUUGCUGAAGAGAAAGUUAGAAGACAUAAACUUUUAUUGCAUCGAACGGGACUGAUAGCUGAAGGAUUUGUAAGCAACGCUGCUUUUCUUCUAUCAAAUCCAUCUUCCCUUAUCCUUCCUGAAAAAUCUGAUUAUUUUUCUAAGACUGCCAAAUCACUUUCAAAUACAACAUCGCCAAAUGCUAAAGCAAUAAAUCUUUCUUUUCUUCUUGGUUCAACUUCUCAACAUCAUGGACGUCGUCAACUAACUAGUUAUUCUAAUUCAAUUGUGUUGACCUCUCUUGAGAUGCAAUUACGAAAUUCAUACAAAUCGUUUUUGGAAUCUCUCAAGCCUGAUUUACACAGUCGUUUUCUCGAUUUAUUUAAUUCAACAAUGGAUGGAUUUUGUACAUUUUUGGAAUUUGCCGAUUUUUCCUUAAUUCGUCCUUUCAUUGACGAAUUGGUUAUUUUCUUACGGAUAUUGAUGGAUAUAUCUCCUGAGAAUUCUGCUCGUUUAGUCAGUCAAUUGAUCAAAAGUGCCUUUAAUAUUAAUUAUUCUUCUUUGAAACCAAUACAUUCCAAUCCUUUGUGUCAAAUCAAAAUUUGGGAAGAGCUGACAGAUUGUAAUAACGCUGCUCCAUUAGAACUAUUUAAAUUUGUUCAAUCUUUCAAUACUUUUAUCAAAUUUUCCCAUCGUUCUGAAUUUUCAUCAUUGCUUUUAGAAGAAAUGGCAGGUUGGAUGCAUUCUAAUAGAAUGAGAUUACCUCUUGUUACUAUUGUGGAUGAAACUCAACAAGAACAAAUGAAUAGAUUAUUGCAUCAAUUUGAACCUUUUCUCUCGCAUUUACUCAAAUUAUAUCCAUUGACAAAUUCAAAUAGGACGAGAAAAUCUAUCCUUGAUUGUAUCUUCAUUCUUUGCCUUUGUAAUGUACGCUAUGAAUUGCUUGAUGCAAAUGGGAGAUUCAAAUCAAAAAUAAUUUCUCAACUAAAACAAUUAUCUCCUGAAGAAGAUGCUGCUAUUCUUCCUUCUAUGUUCAUAUUUGUUCUUUUGGUAGUCCGCGUUCGUUGUCUUAAAUUUUCUGAGAUUGGCUUGGUUAUUGAACAAUUAUUUGCACGAAUGGAUCAUAAAAUCUGCCAUUGGUCACUCGAAGCUUUUAAAAUUAUUAUUUUUGAUAUACUUUCUCAAUGUAGUCGGAAAUCUCGCAUUUCUGAAGAUCAUAAAAGAAUUUUAAUGCUAUUGAAAGAUGGUUUUUUAAAGAUUUUUUCAAUGACUUUUCAAUUAUUUCCUGAAGCAUCUGCAGAGUUAUGGAUAUGCCUUUUACACGCUUUUAGGGAUCAUUUUGAUAGUGAAAGUCUGUCAAAUACAUCGUUGGACUUUAUCAACCAUUAUUUAAAAUUUUGCGAAAAAAUGGCUGUUAGUGGGGGAGAAUUUACUACACCACAAAAUUCACCAACUAAAGAAACAACGCCUCAACUAGAUGCUAAUGAACAAUAUUCUUUUUUAAAUGGACAUUCUAACAUAAAAAGCAAUCUUAUCCCAAAUCUAACUCGUCAACUCUUUUUACAUUCUGCUUUGAUUAGUCAAUGUUUAGCUUCUACUGAAUUCAAAAUUAAUAAUUUUCUCAACUGUUUAAAUGGAUUGUUAAAACAAUUAGUUAAUGAUUCGGAAUUAUUUAACAAAUCCUUUAAUAAUUUGGCCUUGCAUAUUUGUCCACUAAUUUUUGUGCUAUUUAAUCAUAUUGAUGAAGAAAAAUUGUUAAAUUUUUGGGAACCUCAAAAAUUGGAUUUACUUGAAGAAAAUAUAAAUUCUAAAAAUUUGGAAGGAUUACCUAAAUCAGUGGAGACUACUUACAUUGAUUUUAUUGCAAAAAGCAUAGUGCAUCUCCUAUUUCGUAUUGAAAAUUAUAUUUGCUCUGAAGGGUUUUUCGUAAACGGUGGUGAUUUUCAAACUUCUAAAAAUCAUAUUUCUCAUUCCGAUUCACAAGCUACUCUUUUGUUUUUAAUUUUUACAAUUCAGCAAACAAUUAAAUCAGCUAAAUCCUCUCACCUUUCCUCUUCAUUAAAAAAGCAUUUGUGCAUCAGUUACACUUCUCUAUCAAAAAAUGUUUAUGUUAAAUUGGCACGUAUUUCACCUUCUAUAUGGUCUUUUUGGAUGAAUCUACAGUUUAUUGUUUCGAAUGAAAUUUCUUUUGGAGAUUUUGUUGCUUUACCUUCCAAAUGUAAAUCUUUUCUUGUUCAACUUUUAUGCUGGAAAAUAUUUGAAAUUGCAACUGAGUCAGAAGCUGAAACCCUAUUUAUUUCUAUAUUGGAUUCCUUAAAAUUGUCCUCUUCAAAAGCUGAUUUUCUUUUGGAAUUUUUACGAACACGAGAUGAAAAAGUGUUUAAAAAAUGCUUAAACAAGUUACCUAAAAGAAUAUUAGCUUCUAUUGAGAUGGAAUUGAUUCGAGUUUUUUGUCAAAAUUGGGGAGAAGAUGUGUUUAUACCGAAUAUUGAAUUGAGUAGUCUUAUCCCUCGCCUUUUUUGUAUUUUGGCCAAAUCAGAAAAUCAACAAAUUAUUAAUUUACUUACAAGAAUUAACGAAAUUCCUGAAUCUAAUUCUUUUGACCGUUUUAAAGUUAUUUGGGCUCAUUUUUCGAAUAAGCCAGAACAGACAUUUACUCUUCCAAGUUAUAAAUUUACUUCUAAAGAGUUUUCAAUUUUGCAUGACAACAAUGUUUCAAUAACCCAAUUUUACAAAACAUUACUUUUACAUGCCUCAAUGCCAGACGACUUUGAACAAAUUAUUGAAGGAAUUUUAACUCUUUCGGAGGAGGAAAUUGGGGAUAUUCUUAAAGCUCGUCCUCCAUGGCCUUUAAGCAAAAAAUUUUUUGAAUGUUUUUUUCUUCUAUUGACGCAAAAUGCAUCUAAUUACGACAUGUCGGAGGAUGAUAAUAAUUCUACCCAAAGAAUUGAGAAGAUUAUUCAAGUUUUGUUUGAGCUUCUACUCAAGACGAAGAAUAAAAGAAAAUGUUUUGCAGCUGAAAAUGUUUUUAUUCUAGCAAAAAUUGAUGCGUUGAGGAAUUGUUUUAGGCCUCAAAUUCUUCAAUUUCCUGAACAGUUAUUUUCUUCAUCCUCAAAUUUGUUAGAACGAUUUUUGAAUGACACAUUUGUUCAAUUAUUUUCUUCUUACUAUUCCAAUGAUGAGGAAUUGCCUUCAGAAUAUUUUGUUGCUUUUAAAUUGUUUUUUUCUCUUUAUGAUGUAAAGGAUUACUUUGCCAAAAAUGAUUGUAAAACAUUAAAAAGUCUACUUUUAUUUUUCACACUUCUUUGGGAGCAUGUAGAGCAGCAAAUUCCACAUUGGAGGCGACUAAAUAUUGAUAAGCGUCAUUGGCCAGUUCAAAUUGAAAUUGUUUCUGGGGAAGUCGGAUCUUGUAUCGGUAAUUGUUGGCAAGAAGAGGAACGAGAAGAGUUGGAAGAAUCAAUCAAAAAAGUUUUUGUUCUUGUACAACGAAUUGUUUUUUCUUUAAAAAAUGAUUUGUUAAAAUGUGAAGAAGCAAAAGAAGCGUUUACAGCUUUGUUAGCAAAUGUUUCUUUAUUUCAUAGAAUGGCUUUGGUUCCAGAAUCGGCACUUAGAUUGGAUUGGCAACUUUUAAUUUCUGUAAACGAGGAAGGAAGAUGUUUUAUUCCACUUAUUCAAAUACAUUUGCUUAAUGAUUUUAAUGUAUUACAAGAUUUUUGUUUUAGAAUAUUUUCUUUUGGUUGGUCUUCUCGUUCACAAUUUGAGGAAUACUCUAUGUCUCUUUUCGGGGUGCUUUCUUCAACUCCAACUACACUUACAGAGCUACAACAGCGAACUGAAUCAGAUGGAAUUAAUGCAGCACAUCAGCAAUUAGCUGCUUCGAGUCUAGCAGUUGAAGCCUUGAGCUGUGUUUUACUCCAAUCUCUUCUCUAUCCGGUUUUUACUUUAACUACAAAUUUUUAUUUUUUUAGAAACCUGGUGAUUUAA